AUGGCAAUUAGCACUUGUUUACAGACGUUCGCACCUAUUGUAUUCCAGAACCGAAUCAUAGGAUCGUUAGAGUUUAACAGGAAUUUAUCUGCAUAUACGAAUGGGUUUGGUGACGUAGCUGAUGAAUUCUGGUUAGGAUUAAAGUAUAUUCAAGAAAUUACAAAUCUUCCGAGCGAUUUAAGGUGGGAAGCGGUAACAACCUCUGGUGUCUCUGGAAACGAGGUAUAUGGAGAAUUUAAACUUCUUGGAGAUACAUACACAUUCUCUGCGUCGAAACCGCCAAUGAAAGCAGAACGCAAUAGAAUAACAAACGACGACUUGUUUAAUUCCUUGAACUUGGUUCCAUUCCGAAUAGAUUAUGAUCAUCUUCAUAUGUGUGUGAAUGAUACAAAUGUGGAUGAUCUGAAAGCGGGAUGGUGGUAUCCAGUUUCCAAGUGUGAGCACAAAUUCUUCAGCUUGAACGGUAAUGGCCGUCUACCUGGACACGACGAAAUACGACUAAGAUCUACGAGAAUGAUGGUUAGAAGAGAACAAUAA